CACGUCGAUUUUUUUAAAGUAUCCCCUAUUUUGUACGUAUUAAUGGGCCAGGUUUAUGCAUCGGAAUGCCAGAGUCCACUUGGAUUGGUCAAAGUUGUGUCAGUCAAAUUGUUGUGUGGGUUAUGUUCGCAGCAGCUGACAGCUAGCCUAGCCAUGUCAAUAGAGUAGGAGCACGGACAGAAUUAGCAUUGCAAUGAGUCUCUAAAAUCUCUCUACUACUCUACUACGACCCUUAGAUCUACGAGUUCAUAUUAUUUCAUAAAAAAGGUUCACCAACUGCCUGCUAGAUACUUGUUAUAAUUUUAUUAGCACUAGCUAACUAGCUGGGUGACAACGUGUUACGAACACUCAACUUGAAAACUAGUCUACUGUAGCUUAGUAGCUUGCUAGCUCUACUAAACUAGUUAGCUAAGCUAGCGACUCAGAGUCUCUAGCCUAUUAAACAGUAGGAUAGCCAACUGGCUUACUAGCUACUGUAACCUAACUGUGCACGACUGGCAUAGGUACACCAUUGCAGCCAUGUCGGCGGCCGGAGACUUCGGAAACCCGCUAAGGAAAUUUAAAUUGGUGUUUCUCGGCGAACAGAGCGUGGGGAAGACUUCACUGAUCACCCGGUUCAUGUACGACAGCUUUGACAACACUUAUCAGGCAACAAUAGGAAUAGACUUCUUGUCAAAAACGAUGUACCUUGAAGACAGAACAAUCAGGUUGCAGCUGUGGGAUACGGCUGGGCAGGAGCGCUUCCGUAGCCUCAUCCCCAGCUACAUCCGCGACUCAGCCGCUGCUGUCGUAGUAUACGACAUCACAAACGUCAACUCCUUCCAGCAAACCACAAAAUGGAUCGACGAUGUCAGGACGGAGAGGGGAAGUGACGUCAUCAUCAUGUUGGUGGGCAACAAGACGGACCUGGCAGACAAAAGACAGAUAACCACAGAGGAAGGGGAACAGAGAGCCAAAGAGCUGAAUGUUCUAUUUAUUGAAACGAGUGCAAAGACAGGCUACAAUGUCAAACAGCUGUUCAGACGGGUGGCGGCCGCCCUCCCUGGCAUGGAGAGCACACAGGACAAGAGCAGAGAAGACAUGAUUGACAUAAAGCUGGAGAAGCCUCCGGAACAGCCCGCCAGUGAAGGGGGGUGCGCCUGCUAAUGCCCCCCCCCCUCCUCUGUCAUUCCCCUCUCUCUCUCUCUCUCUCACCCACGUGUUGUUGCUCUAGCGCUCUCUCUCACUCACUCACACACAGGCUUAUUCACUCUGUACUGCACUCGCCCUAUUUCUCUGCCCCCCCCUUUCUCCAACCUGCCCCUGCCCCUUCGUCUGCAGAUCCGCCCCCCCCCCCUCCC